AUGACUGUGAACCCACAGCACGUGGCGUCCCCGGAGGAGAGCUUGGUGCUGGAACGCUCGCUGGCUGGGCCUGAGCCCUUCUCACGACCCAGGGGCCCUGGGAACAGCAGCGAGGAGGAGUUGGACCCCCGGGACCCACUGCUGGCCAGGGCUGAGCUGGCCCUGCUCUCCACGGUCUUUGUGGCUGUGGCCCUAAGCAACGGCCUGGUGUUGGGCGCCCUGGUGCGGCGGGGGCGUCGUGGCCGGUGGGCACCCAUGCACGUCUUCAUUGGUCACUUGUGUCUGGCUGACCUGGUGGUGGCCUUGUUCCAAGUGCUACCUCAGCUGGCCUGGGAUGCCACUGACCGCUUCUGGGGGCCAGACGCUCUGUGCCGGGCUGUCAAGUACCUGCAGAUGGUGGGCAUGUAUGCCUCCUCCUACAUGAUCCUGGCCAUGACCCUGGACCGUCACCGAGCCAUCUGCCGGCCCAUGCUGGCCUACCGCCAUGGCGGCGGGGCGCGCUGGAACCGGCCGGUGCUGGCGGCCUGGGCCUGCUCGCUGCUGCUCAGCCUGCCCCAGCUCUUCAUCUUUGCUCAGCGCGAAGUGGGCAAUGGCACUGGCGUCCUCGACUGCUGGGCCCGCUUUGUGGAGCCCUGGGGCCUCCGCGCCUACGUCACCUGGAUCGCUCUGAUGGUGUUCGUAGCCCCUGCCCUGGGCAUCGCGGCCUGCCAGGUGCUCAUCUUCCGCGAGAUUCACUCGAGCCUCGUGCCCGGGCCCUCGGAGAGGGCUGGGGGGCGGCGUGGGGGGCGGCGGCCGGGCGGCCCUGGCGAGGGGGCCCGGGUAUCCGCAGCCAUGACCAAGACCGUGAGGAUGACGCUGGUGAUUGUGAUCGUGUACGUGCUGUGCUGGGCGCCCUUCUUCCUUGUGCAGCUGUGGGCGGCGUGGGACUCAGAGGCGCCUCGGGAAGGGCCCCCCUUCGUGCUGCUCAUGUUGCUGGCCAGCCUCAACAGCUGCACCAACCCGUGGAUCUACGCCUCCUUCAGCAGCAGCGUCUCCUCGGAGCUACGCAGCCUCCUCUGCUGUGGUCGGAGGCGAGCCCCGCCUGGCCUGGGACCCCAGGAAGAGUCCUGCGCCACGGCCAGCUCCUUCUUGGCCAAAGAGCCAUCCUUCUGA